GGAAGGCACACGGCCGGCAGAGAGAGCCAGAGCAGUGGGUCUGAUCCAGUUUUAGCCAUUCUGGACUUUCACAGAUUUACUCAUCUGUAAAAUAGGCCUUAUGGACGAGCUGCCACUGCCAGAAGCUGCUGAUAGCUUUGGCACCUCAGCUGACAAAUGUGCUGUCAGGACAUGCAUCCUCUCCACAGUCAGACGUGCUGCGGUGGCGGGGACGAACAGGGCCCUGGAACCCCACCGUCCUGGCAGGAACCCUGGGCUGUGCCAGCACGUGUUUCAUCUACUUGGGCCAGGGAAAGGGAAAGAGAGAGACGCACCGGACAGCCUGCUUGCAGAGAGCGGGAGAAGUGUCCUGAGCUUUCCCAUUGCGGCCCCAGGCUCGGCUCUCCGCCCUGGAGUCUCAGGACCUGUCCUAGAGACCGAAGUCCUCCCCGGCGCCCGCGACAGUGCCGCUCCGGCCCGCGCCCGCCGUCCAGGGAGCCCCGGCACCGCGGGUCCCCGGCCGAGGCGGCCUGCACCCCAGCUGCGUCCCCGCGCCCUCGGCCCCGGCCCCGUCUCCGCGCCCCAGCCGCGUCCCCGCGCCCGCGUCCCAGAUCCUGGCCGAGCUCUCGUCCCCGCUCGCCCCCAGCUCUUGUUCCCGCGCUCCCCGGGCCCCCUGCCCGCGCUCAGGGCGCAGAGGCCGGCGCUGGGCCCCAGACAAAGAGGGCGGCGGCGCGUGCCCCGCUCCAGUACCUGGGCGAGCGGCGGCGCGGUCCCGCGGGGCGAUGGCCGCAGCAGGCUGGGCGCCGAGCAGCGCGAGCAGCGCGCGGGCGGGCCGUCCUCCUGGCUUGCGGCCGCGCCCGCCGCAGGGCCCCCUCGAGGCGGCGCGGGCAAUCGCUACCGCCCGCGCCCGGGGCGGCCGGUCACCUGGCCUCCUCGCCCUAACAAUGCGGCGCGUUCCAGGCAGGCCCGCGACCCUGGGACCUCCCUGCUCUGGCCAGCUGGGACCGGGAAUUAUUAG